AUGCAUUACUCUGAUUCACUCAGCACCAUGAAAUACUUGGGGGCAGAGAUCCUGGGAACGCCGCCGGCUGCGAGGCCCCCUCGCGCCACUCGGGGGCGCACUCCCUCCCUGGAAACCUCCCUCCGUCGCCCCCGCCCGGGGCUACGGAGCGGUGACGUCAAGGGGCGGGGCGGAGACGCGGUGCCCGGCGGCGGGGGGCGAUCGCCUUCGGAGAGAACCUCUGGCUGCGGCGGGCGAGUGCGGCCGUGGUUGCUGGCCAGCCCCGCGGCCCUGGCUGGGGUGCAGCGCGAGCACCUGGCGGGCGAUGGCGCCGAGCGCGAGCGGCCUCGGGUGGCGAGGGCGAGGCCCCGGGGCCCCGAGCGCGCCGCUCUCCGACGUCGACAUCGGCUCUGGCGGCGCCGGGCCCGGGCGGCUAGGGGGCUCCUUCGGCUGAUGGCGCUGGCGGCGCUGGCAUCGCAGCCCGGGGUGGCUGGUGGCGCCGAGACCGUCGGGAACGCCAGCGUGGGUCUUAUUGAAUUUUCUGUGGGGAAAUUUAGAUACUUCAAGCUCAACAGACCCUUUCCAGAGGAAGCUAUUUUGCGUAAUAUUUCCAGCAAUGUGACUUUUCUUAUUUUCCAAAUACACUCACAGUAUCAGAAUACAACCAUUUCUUUUUCUAAGACUCUCCUCCCCAGUACCUCGGGAACAGGCACUGACAAAGGACUGGUUUUCAUUCUUAGACCAGAGCAGAGUAUGUGCUUUUGGUAUUUGGAGACUUCAGAUGCUGAGCCUGUCCAAAAUAUGGCCAUUCCACUCUCCUACUCAGAGAGAGAUCCUAUUCCUGGAGGCUGUAAUUUGGAGUUUGAUUUAGAUAUUGACCCCAACAUUUAUUUGGAGUAUGAUUUCUUUGAAACAACUAUCAAAUUUGCCCCAGCAAACCUAGGCUAUGCAAGAGGCACAGAUUCUCCGCCAUGUGACACGAGGACGGGGCAGGAUUCUAGGUGGAGGUUGCAGUAUGACGUCUAUCAGUACUUUCUGCCUGAGAAUGACCUCACUGAAGAGGGGUUGCUGAAGCAUCUGCAGAGGAUGGCCGAAGUGCCUCAGGUGAUGGCCAAUGCUAUUAAGGUGGUUACUCUAACAGCUAAUGAUAAGACAAGUGUUUCCUUCUCCUCCCUCCGGGGACAAGGUGUCAUUUAUAAUGUAAUUGUUUGGGAUCCAGUUCUCAAUACAUCUGCUGCUUAUGUUCCUGCUCACACAUAUGCUUGCAGCUUUGACGCAAUGGAGGGUAAUUGUCCUUCUCUUGGAAGAGUAUCAACCAAAGUGUUUUUCACUCUGUUUGCCCUGCUUGGUCUCUUCAUUUGUUUCUUCGGACACAGAUUCUGGAAAACAGAAUUAUUCUUCAUAGGCUUUAUCUUCAUGGGAUUCUUCUUUCAUAUACUGAUUACCAGACUGACACCUAUUAAGUAUGAUGUUCGUCUGGUCCUGACAGCCAUCGCCGGAGGUCUUGGUGGGAUCUUCUUGGUAGCUGCUUGGUGGCGAUUUGGCAUCCUCGCGCUCUGCAUGCUGUGUGUUGGACUAGUGCUGGGCUUCUUCGUCUCUUCAGUGGCUUUCUUCACUCCACUGGGAAACCUAACAAUAUUUAGUAAUGAUGCUGUGUUCUGGGUGACGUUCUCUUGUAUAGUUGUUCUCAUUCCAGUAAUUUUCAUGGGCUGCCAAAGAAUACUGAACAUCCUGACUUGUGGAUUCAUUGGCUCCUAUUCGGUGGUUUUGGCCAUUGACAGUUACAUGUACACAAGUCUUUCUUACAUCGCUUUGAAUGUCCUCAAGAGAGCACUCAGCCCUCAUUUCCGCAGAGCUUUCACACGUGUGCCUUUUCAAACUAAUGACUUUAUUAUCCUGGCAGUAUGGGGCAUGCUGGCUGUCAGUGGGAUUACGUUGCAGAUUCGGAGAGAAAGGGGGCGACCGUGUUUUCCUCCCCACCCGUACAAGCUAUGGAAACGGGAGAGGGAACGCAGAGUGACCAACAUCCUGGAUCCCAGCUACCACAUCCCGCCACUGAGAGAGAGGCUCUAUGGCCGAUUAACCCAGAUCAGAGAGCUCUUCCAGAAGGAGCAGCCGGCUGGAGAGAGAACACCCCUGCUUCUGUAGAUGCCAGAGGGCUCGGUCAGUGUGAUCCUGAAGAACACAGGCAGGCACUGCGCAGCUUUGGCGUUUGUGCCCAGCCUGCUUCAGCAAUCUCCAGUGCAAGUCUAAUAAGAAAACAGGCUUGUGUAUCUGUGUGCGGUGUCCUUACCGAUGCAUGGAGAUUAUAAUUCUAAGUGAUGAAAAGAUGACCAAAAAAUGGGUGAUAGGGAAGCUUUUCCGUAUUCCAAAAUACUUGAGAAAUUACCUCUUGGUUUACAUGAUCAACUUGUUCCAUUAAAUAGAUACACGCACACACACACACACACACACACACACAC